UGAACGCCCACCCGCCCAAUUCCUCCCAUUUCCUCAAAUCGUAGUCAACGCGAGGCUAUUUCUCUUUCUCUCUCUCUCUCCCUCCGUCGAUCAUUUGAAAAACCCUACUUUUUCAAGGUCAUACUCACAACUAUGUCAACCCCAUACUUGUGAAAUAAAUAUGGUGGUUCAUUUGAUUGUACAGUUGUGAAACAUUAGGAACAUCCCCACUUGGACGUGUGAGUUCUGUUUGAGUCUUUGACCAAUUCAUUUUCCAUGACGUCGGAGAUCGAGGUAGUUGAGGAGAUUGAAUCUCGGGAUCGGGAAUCCGCCGGAGGAAAACAACAUGCCACGGUCGGAGGGGAGGAUGAUAGCUUGAGGGACGAUGUUUACACUGCGGCGGCUUAUGGCGAUAUGGAGAAGCUGCAGAGACUGGUGGAAUCCGAAGGUUGUUCGGUUUCCGAGCCAGAUGGCCUUGGAUACUACGCCUUGCAAUGGGCGGCUCUUAAUAAUCGGACAGCUGCUGCACAGUAUAUCAUUGAGCAUGGUGGAGAUGUUAAUGCUUCAGACCAUACUGGGCAAACUGCACUUCACUGGAGCGGAGUGCGGGGAGGGAUCCAGGUAGCUGAACUUUUACUCCAAGAAGGUGCGCGGGUUAAUACAGUCGAUAUGUAUGGGUAUCAGGUGACCCAUGUUGCAGCACAAUACGGCCAGACAGCUUUCUUGUAUCACAUUGUAAAAAAAUGGAAUUCUGAUCCUGAUGUCCCCGAUAACGAUGGGAGAAGCCCUUUACACUGGGCUGCAUACAAGGGUUUUGCUGAUUGUAUACGCCUUUUGCUAUUUCUUGAUGCAUAUAGGUCGCGCCAAGACAAAGAAGGUUGUACCCCUCUUCACUGGGCGGCCAUUAAGGGAAAUCUUGAAGCAUGCACCGUUUUAGUUCAGGCUGGGAAGAAUGAAGAUCUAAUGGUGACUGAUAAUAGUGGUCUUACACCAGCACAGCUCGCUGCUGAUAAGGGUUACAGACAAGUUGCCUUUUUCCUUGGAAAUGCCAGAAAGUUGCUUGAGAAGCGAUGGGAUCCAAACAGCCGAAUUGGUCGAUUGACAAAAUUAGGCCUCGCACCUCUUCUUUGGUUUAUCAUUAUUGUGCUACUUGCGACUUAUAUUAAUUCAGUCAUAUUGGCAACAAAUUUGCCAAGGUUAACUGCUGGCUUUGCUCUUAACGCUUGGUUAGGUGUUUUCCUAGCAACUGGGGGGCUAUUUUUGUUUUAUAGGUGCAGCUGCAAAGAUCCAGGGUUUGUAAAGAUGAAUGUGAGUGAUCCCCAAAGCAUAAAGGAUGAUGAACCUUUAUUGAAAAUUGAGAUAAAUAAUCCUGCUUUGCUGGCUGGCAACUGGUCUCAGCUUUGUGCAACUUGCAAGAUUGUUAGGCCCAUUAGAGCAAAGCAUUGUUCCACUUGUGAUCGGUGUGUUGAACAGUUUGAUCACCAUUGCCCCUGGGUAUCCAACUGCAUUGGCAAGAAAAACAAAUGGGAUUUCUUCUUUUUUCUUGUCCUUGAAGUUUUCGCCAUGCUGAUUACUGGUUCUGUGGCACUUACGAGGAUUUGGAAUGAUCCAGUGGCUCCAUCUUCUUUCGGGUCAUGGGUGAAACAUGCUGCUAUUCAACAUAUGGGAGCGGUUGCAUUUCUUUUUGCAGAUUUCUUCUUCUUUUCGGGUGUGGUCAUCUUAACUAUCAUGCAAGCUUCUCAGAUAUCACGAAAUAUCACGACAAAUGAGUUGGCGAAUUCAAUGCGCUAUAACUACCUUAGAGGACCUGGAGGCCGGUUUAGGAACCCUUUUGAUCACGGAAUUAAGAAAAAUUGCUCAGAUUUCUUGAUCAAGGGAUACAAUGUAGAUGUGGAAUAUAAUGAUGAUGAAGAAGAUCCAACACAAAGGGAUGAUGAAGAAGAUCCAACACAAAGGAAUGAUGAAGAAGAAGGCAGCAUUGGAAUGGUUCCUAUGUCUAGUAGGGGUUCAAAUCUUCAGAAUGGAAAUGGUAAUUCUCAUAAUCAGUCUAAUGCAAGUAACAAUGGCCAAGCUGUGAUAAAUAUCAAUAACAGCAGAAAAACGAGCCAGAAUCAUGUUCAUUCUUCCCAAUGUAGUCAUAGCAAUCACAGCAAAUCGGAAAAUGUUCCUGUCGGUUUGGGGGCUGGCUUAGGACAGAAUUCUUCGCGCUCCAUUGUUGCUUCAUGACGAUCAACAUGAUUCCCUUUUUAUUUUUAUUUUUCUGGGUUAGUGAAUUUGUUCAUACGACUGACCUAGUUUGAGUAUCUUCGUAAGUUCAAUGACUUAACCUUUGUCAUUCAAUUAAGGUUUGUCAUAACCAAAUCAAUUGGAGAGCUUUUAAGCAUUCAAAUGAUUCCUGUGUCAAAGACCGACUUCUUAAUGGCUUUGUUUGUACCUGUAUCGGAAUCUAGCUGAGAAAUUGCCAACAGAAUUUUAGACAAGAUUUAUAUACGUUUUGAUAUGAAAAGUGUGACUGUGUAGAUACACGGGAAAUCAUGUUAUCUACAAAUGUUUGUUUUUCCAUUAAAAUUUGUAUAUUUUGAUGAUC